UGCUGGGCGAGUGGGCGGGGCCGGCGGCUGGCGGCUGUUGGAGCGGCCAGGCCGGAGAGGUGGCUGCACGUGCGGGCGGAGGCGAUGCGUCACUGAUCGGUGAGGCGCGGCGGCGGAGGGGUCUGCCUCCCUCCGGUGCCUGUGGCUGAGCCCCUCCUCUGUUCCUUCUAUCCGGGAGGAACAAGGAUGAACAUGACUCAAGCCCGGGUUCUGGUGGCCGCAGUGGUGGGGCUGGUAGUUGUCCUCCUCUACGCUUCCAUACACAAGAUCGAGGAAGGACACCUGGCUGUGUACUACAGGGGAGGAGCUUUACUAACUAGCCCCAGUGGACCAGGCUAUCAUAUCAUGUUGCCUUUUAUUACUACGUUCAGAUCUGUGCAGACAACACUACAAACUGAUGAAGUUAAAAAUGUGCCUUGUGGAACAAGUGGUGGCGUCAUGAUCUAUAUUGACCGAAUAGAAGUAGUUAAUAUGUUGGCUCCUUAUGCAGUGUUUGAUAUUGUAAGGAACUAUACUGCAGAUUAUGACAAGACCUUAAUCUUCAAUAAAAUCCACCAUGAGCUGAACCAGUUUUGCAGUGCCCACACACUUCAAGAAGUUUACAUUGAAUUGUUUGAUCAAAUAGAUGAAAACCUGAAACAAGCACUGCAGAAAGACUUAAACAUCAUGGCCCCAGGUCUCACUAUACAGGCUGUACGUGUUACAAAACCUAAAAUCCCAGAAGCCAUAAGAAGAAAUUUUGAGUUAAUGGAGGCUGAGAAGACUAAACUUCUUAUAGCUGCACAGAAACAAAAAGUUGUAGAGAAAGAAGCUGAGACAGAGAGGAAAAAGGCUGUUAUAGAAGCAGAAAAGAUUGCACAAGUGGCCAAAAUUCGGUUUCAGCAGAAGGUGAUGGAGAAAGAAACAGAAAAGCGCAUUUCUGAAAUUGAAGAUGCUGCCUUUCUGGCACGAGAGAAGGCAAAAGCAGAUGCUGAGUAUUAUGCUGCACACAAAUAUGCCACCUCAAAUAAACACAAAUUGACCCCGGAAUAUCUGGAGCUCAAAAAGUACCAGGCCAUUGCUUCUAACAGUAAGAUCUACUUUGGAAGCAAUAUCCCUAACAUGUUCAUGGACUCCUCUUGUGCUUUGAAAUACUCAGAUGUUAAGACUGGACGAGAAAGCUCUCUGCCCCCUGAGGAGGCUCUUGAACCCUCUGGAGAGAACCCCAUCCAAAGCAAGAAGAGCACAGGUUGAUGCAAGAGAUGGAAAUGUUCUCCCAUAUCAAGCUGUGGCCCAAGGGGCUAAGUGGGAAUGAUGAUUAUAUGGACUCUUCAGAUUUCAGAGAAUUUGCACUCUUGUCUGUUCUGGCUCUCCUGUGAUAGUCCUGGUUUAUCAGCUGAUCGCAGGAUAGAGCCAGCUGUCUGGCACUCAAAUGGUCUUUUCAGCCAGUUUUAUCAAGUAUGCUAUAUGUGUUCUUUUUUAAACUGGUACUCGUAAAUGAGAGAAAGUUUAUGCUAAGAUACUGCCUGCACUGGAAUGUUAAACACUAAAUAUAUAACAAGCUGUGUUUUUCUAAGCUGAGAUCUAUUGAAUAAUGUUUACAUUGGUCCCAGGGGACAUGUGUGUUCAGCCAUUCAAGAGAUAGGAUGACAGAGAGAAGACUGCCAGGACAUGGUAAGUUAAAGAAGACUGAUGGCACUUGGGACCCAGACUCUCUUUGGGGUCCAGUCUCAAUGUUCGUUCAUGUGAUUGACAUCCAGGCCACUGAGGUUCCCCAGGAAAUGAUCUUCCACUUGAGCAACCAUUUACUUGAUACGAUUUGCACCAUUGUUUUCCUAUAGUCAGGUUGGUGGCCUACAGGGACAUGUGCUUUGCCACCCCACCGGAGAUUCCUCAUUGAAAUUCUUAAUCACUAGUUUAUUGCAUUAGUAGGGCCAGAGAUGAAGGCUUGCUGUAAAGUUCUGAGAGAGAUAAAACCUUUGCAGAAGCCCUGCAUCCCCUCAGUUGGGUAAUGAUUGUCAGUGUUGCUGCCCCAGGCCAUAUGUGACUAAGGUACUAUGUCUGGUUUUUAGCCACAGGCAACUCCUGUGUCAUCGCUCAGCUCUGGCUGCCCAAGAGUGGGACGGGGCUGUACCCAGAUUUAGCAGUAUAUAGUUUCUAACCACUCACUGCAUAGUGUUGUAUCAUAAUUGCAGGAAGUUUUUAUUUUUAAAACUGGAUUUGGGGCACAUUCAUUUGCCCCCACUUUAAUCUAAAGGCCAACUCCUAGGGCUGCCAGCGGUUUCUAGUUUACCCACCAUAUUGAUCCUCCGUAACAUUGUUCACCAAACGUGAGCAGUAGUAACCUAGAAACCAUCCUUGGUAAUCUUUGUUUCCUUCUCCCUUGGCCACAGGAUGCUAAAAUUAAAAUGGUUUUUAAAUUUUUACCUUCAGUAGGUGAUCACAUUCCAUUGACUUCCUGGCCCACCAGUGAAUUUAAUUUUCCAAGAGAACGUGACAGAGUUAACCUGUGGCUAUAGGAGAUCUACUUCAUCUGGAUCUUUUUUUUCAGAUUAACUUUGCUGGAACAUUUGCUGCAUAUUAGGCCUGAAUUUGUGCAGCUUGUGGAUACCACUGUGUACACUCUGUUGAAGCCAGACAGAAAAGUCAUGGGACCACUUUCAUAAAACUCUCAGUAGUCAGUCUCUUGACAGCUGAUGGGUUGUGCCAAACACUUUAUUUGGGAAAGGAAAGCCCAGAUUUGUAAGGGUCUUUUCCCUGGGCCUUAGGCAUUUGUAUGUAAUAUGGGGAAAAUCUCAUUUUUUUUCUCAUUUACUUCUAUAAAUUCUCUUCUGAAUGAAUUUUGUGUCCUUUAGCCCUCCUUAAAACAACUUCUGAAAAAUAAACUCCUGUUGUACUGUUGCUGCAGAUAAAUGAUUGUUGUGGGAAAUCUGGAUCAUUGACCUUUGUGCUUUCAUUUCUAGAAAUGUUUCCUAUUCCCAUAAGUAAAGAGCUGUUGCCCCAAAGUGAUGGCUGUGGGUUUUCCUACCACCCACAAGCCCUGGUGGCAGCGUUGAGGAACAGGGAAGUGUCAUUGUGAAGUUUUAAAGAAAGCACUUCCACCUAAACUUUCUCUGAGGAGUGAGCUUCCCUGUGCCCACUCAAUGAGCUCUAAGUCUCGCCGUCCUUCAGGGAUGUUCCUUUUGACAAAUAUAUACUGUAAUCUUGAAGCCGAAAUUUAUAUGUGAAAUGCUACCUUUUUUAAAAUAAGAAAUUAAAUAAAAUUAUUUUACUAUCAA